AUGUCCGCGCCGCCGCCGCCCGGGGCCCAGAUCCGGCCCGCCCCGGGUCGAACCGGGCCACGCCGGGCCCGCGCUGCCCGCACGGUCCUCCGCCGCCCCGCGACAAGCGCCGUCGCCUCCCGCGCCCGUCCGGACGCCGCCUCGCCGGCGCGCCUCGCUGCCGCGCCGCCCCCGCAGCUCCUCGCCGGCGCCGUCCUCGCAGCGGCCGCGCGCUCCGCCCGCGAGCUCGCCGGCCCCGCGCGCCGUCCCGCGGCCGGAUCCGGCGUCCCUCGCCAUGGAUCCGCCCGUCCCAUCCGUCUCCGGCCAUGCUCCGGCGAGUGCCCCAGCCCUGCCUCGUUUUCCGCGCUCCCCGAUCCAGAUCUGGAAUUCUCAGGUUGA